UGAAUGAGUCAUUCAAAGUAUUUGUUUAGGUUCAGAUAUGUGAUUGUGGCCAGAGUGUCAGUAGUUGUUGACUAUCGUUAAUUGUGCAAAUUUCUCGAAAAUAAAUCAGGAAAAUGUUUGAGGCACGUUUAUUACAGAAUGCGAUCCUGAAGAAACUACUGGAUGCAAUAAAGGAUCUUUUAAACGAAGCGACCUUCGAAUGUCUCGACUCCGGCAUCCAGUUGCAAGCUAUGGACAAUGCCCAUGUUUCUUUAAUUUCUAUUAAUUUGAGAAGCGACGGUUUUGACAAAUACAGAUGCGACCGAAAUCUGUCGAUGGGCAUGAACAUUGCAUGCAUGUAUAAAAUUCUACGAUGUGCUGGUUCAGAUGAAACUGUUACAUUACGAGCUUCAGAUAAUCCAGAGAACAUUACAUUCAUAUUCGAAUCGCCAAGUAAAGAGAAACUUGCAGAAUAUGAAAUGAAAUUAAUAAAUAUUGAUCAAGAACACCUUGGUAUUCCUGAAACCUCAUAUGCAUGUGUUGUCAAAAUGCCAUCCCAAGAAUUCUCUCGCAUCUGUAGAGAUUUAAGUCAAUUUGGAGAAUCGAUAACAAUUGCUUGUAAUAAGGACGGCAUAAAGUUCAGUUCAUCAGGGGAUUAUGGUCAAGCCACUGUUAGAUUAGCACAAACGGCAGAAGUAGAUAAGGAAGAAGAAGCAGUCAUUAUUAAUCUACAAGAGCCAGUAAAGUUGACAUUUGCCUGUCGUUAUCUGAAUUGUUUUGUAAAAGCUGGGCCUCUUUGUACACAAAUGCAAUUAUCAAUGUCCCCUGAUGCACCCUUAGUAUGCGAAUACACAGUUGGAGAUAUCGGAUACAUUAGAUAUUAUUUAGCACCAAAAAUCGAUGAAGAUGAAGAUAACUAAUGUUUCUAUAAUAUUGCUCCAAGAUGCAAGUCUCAUUAUACAUAUUCUGGUUUUAUGUAAUAUUUUUAUUUUACAUGUACAACACACUAGUGAAGUGUGGCUUUAAAAAGUUGCUAUUUAUUUUAUGAAUAUACGAGUUUCUUUUAUAUGCAUUACAUUGCUAAAUGGAAUAUGCAUACAUA